CAGCAUGGCAUUCAAGAUGUCUAAAGCUAACGGGCUAGAAACCGCUUCUCUGAACGGGGAGCCGGCGGCGAAGCGGCCGCGGGAGCACGACAACCUGCGCAGCCUGAAGGAGCCGCAGGAUAAAGUCACCGUGGUCCCUGGCGCGCAGUGUGCAGAUGAGGGCAAAGGAAAAGCGGUGGACUUGGUUGCAAUGGAUGCGGGGCCGCGCAAGUACGAAAACCUGCGCAGCCCGAAGGAGCCUCAGAAUAAAGUCACCGUGGUCCUUGGCGCGCAAUGGGGCGACGAGGGCAAGGGAAAAGUGGUGGAUUUGCUUGCAAUGGAUGCGGAUAUCAUAUGCCGGUGUCAGGGAGGAAACAAUGCAGGUCACACAGUGGUGGUCGACUCAGUGGAGUAUGACUUUCAUCUGCUGCCCAGUGGUGUGCUGAACAAGAAGGCUGUCUCCUUCAUCGGCAAUGGAGUUGUGAUACACUUGCCUGGUCUUUUUGAUGAAGCUGAGAAGAAUCUACAGAAAGGCAAAGGACUGCAAGGAUGGGAGGAGAGGUUAAAGAUAUCUGAUCGUGCCCACAUUGUGUUCAACUUCUAUCAAGCUGUUGAUCGGAUCCAGGAACAGCAACGGCAGCAACAGGCAGGGAAAAAUUUGGGAACCACACAGAAGGGCAUUGGUCCUGCCUACUCAUCUAAAGCUGCACGGAAUGGUCUACGUGUCUGUGACCUUGUUUCUGAUUUCAAGGUUUUUGAGGAGAAGUUCCGCGUGUUGGCUGAGCAUUUUCUGACCAUGUAUCCCAACCUCAAUAUUGACAUAGACAGUGAGCUUAAGCAGUUGAAGGGUUACGCUGAAAAAUUGCACCCUCUGGUGACUGAUGGUGUGUACUUCAUGCACAAAGCGCUUACUGGGCCCAGUAAGAAAAUACUGGUGGAGGGAGCCAACGCUGCCCUCCUUGAUAUUGACUUUGGGACGUAUCCCUUUGUGACGUCUUCAAACUGCACUGUUGGAGGAGUGUGCACUGGCCUGGGUGUGCCUCCUUCAUACGUCGGUCGGGUGUAUGGUGUUGUCAAAGCUUACACCACUCGGGUGGGUGUCGGUGCUUUCCCAACGGAGCAGAACAAUGAAACCGGAGCUCUGUUACAAUCCAGAGGGAGGGAAAUUGGUGUGACUACUGGCCGAAAGAGGCGCUGUGGUUGGCUGGAUCUGAUUUUGGUCAGAUAUGCCCACAUGGUCAAUGGCUUCACCGCAAUUGCUUUGACAAAGCUUGACAUUCUUGACACACUACCUGAGAUCAAAGUGGGUGUGGCCUACAAGGUUGAUGACCAGCCUCUACCUUGCUUCCCAGCUAACAUGGAUGUUUUGACGCGAGUGUCUGUGGACUAUGAGACAUUACCAGGCUGGUGCUGCAGCACAGAGGGCGCGCGGAGCUUUGAGGAGCUGCCCCCCCAAGCACAAAACUACAUCCGCUUCAUAGAGGACUUCUUGCAGGUGCCAGUGAAAUGGGUCGGAGUCGGCAAAUCCAGAGAGAGCAUGAUCAAGCUUUUUUGAGGUGUCGGAAAAUUUAACAGAACUGAUGGACUUCUGCUCCCCUGCAAACGGAACAACCGCUGAAGCGUUUGAAACGUAAUCUCUUGAAGAAAAUUAAUCACCAGCAAAGUUAAUUAUGCAUUUUGUUUGUAGUUGCUUGUUGUGGUUCACAAUUAUGGUAAAUUCUUCAAAGAUAUAAUUUAUGCUGCAUUCCAAAAGAGAUUUUCUGUAUUUAUUAGGGUGUUGAUUUCUCAUUGCAAGUGGUUCAAUCAGGCUUUAUUUGAUUUCAGUUGAGUGUAAUCAUUUCACAUUUUGCUUUAUUUUUAAAGCAGAAUUUUACAGCCUCUUCUCAGCAUACACUUUUUCUCCAUGUUAUUUUAGAAGAGCCAAUGUUGAACAGAUAUAACCUUGACUCCGAAGGAGCGUAUGAUGAAGCACGAAUGACUGAUUAUCAGGCGAAACGAUGAAAAGGGAUCAAGUUCAAAUGUCUCGGUCAUGAGAUACGCUUGUCAACAUUUUUAAUGUAUGGUUUUAAAAUUGGUUGUUAAACAUUCAUUCUUUAUCCAAGCCGCUUAUCCGUAUUCGGGUUGCGGGAUGCUGGAGCCUAUCCCAGCAGUCAUUGGGCGGCGGCGGGGGGGGACACUCUGGACAGGCCGCCAGUCCAUCACAGGGUUGUUAAACAUCUCCAUUGCUUUUCAAUUCUAGAGAGGAACAUAAAAAGUACAAAGACUUGUCGCCAUUAUGGUCUUGUCAAAAGCCCCUCUAAAUGUUUUCUCAUCACGCUUCAGUGGUGGCGGAUCCAGCAGACAGACAUUGGGCGGUGUUAAAAGGGUUCAUGUAACCCUUCUAAAAGUAGAGGGCCUUAAUGUACAUACACUUAAGAUGCAUUGCAAUACGUUACGUUUAAUAUUGAAUACAUUUUGUUGAAACGAUAAAUAACUUCAACUCAUUGUGUUUCAAUGAAGACUCAAUAAAUGUGAAAUGUCAAGUUUGUUGGUUUGUAUACUGUCAUCUUUAUUAUUUGUUGUGUUAUGUGGUACAAUUGCAUUGUGUUAACCUUAAUCUGAUGACAAAAUAUAGUUACUGUCAACAGUCACUGGAAGCUUUCGUUUUAA